UCCUUGUCAGAUUGUCAGAGAGAGGGAGCGAGAGUGAGAGAGGGAGACGUACAAUACUGGUCGCUGUUGUCGACAGCCGGGGCGCCUCUCCGCUUCUCCCAUCCUUUUCUAGGGUUCGAGAAGCUCGGAGAGAAGCGUCGUGUUCUCGUAAAAUUUUCCUUGUUGUCUGUCUGCAGAUUAUCUCUCUCCAGUAAUAACUCUCUCUUUGCUCGCGCACUUUGUACAUUCGAGACACCAUGAAUUCGAAUGCGAAUGUCAUCACGAACUCGCUCCAAUCAAUUUUGGGAGUUUCUCUCGGAUACGAAUCGGUUUCCGAUUCCUUUGUCGUGGUAUUGACUACCUCGGCUGCAGUGCUUGUUGCACUUGCUUUCUUAGUGUGGAGAAGAUCCGCUCCGGAGAAACCCCUGAAGCCUGUCGAAGCUCUGAAGCCGGUGUCAUUUGAGGAAGAAGAGGAAGUUGAAGUGGAUCCAGGAAAGACGAAGAUAACGAUUUUCUUCGGUACUCAGACUGGCACCGCCGAGGGAUUUGCUAAGGCUUUGGCAGAAGAAGUUAGGGCUAGAUAUGACAAAGCAGUUGUCAAGGUCGUGGACCUGGAUGAUUAUGCAGCUGAUGAUGAUCAGUAUGAAGAGAAAUUGAAGAAAGAAACAUUGGCCUUUUUCAUGGUAGCCACCUAUGGUGAUGGAGAGCCAACUGACAAUGCUGCAAGAUUUUAUAAGUGGUUUACUGAGGGAAAAGAAAGAGGAACCUGGCUUCAGCAUCUCACUUAUGGUGUUUUUGGUCUGGGUAAUCGUCAAUAUGAACAUUUCAAUCAGAUUGCCAAAGUGGUGGAUGAACAAUUUAGUGAACAAGGUGCAAAGUGUCUUAUUCCGGUUGGGCUUGGUGAUGACGAUCAAUGCAUUGAGGAUGAUUUUGCAGCUUGGCGAGAGUCAUUGUGGCCUGAAUUAGAUCAGCUACUUCGAGACGCAGAUGAUGCUAAUACAGUAUCUACUCCAUAUACUGCAGCUAUUCCUGAAUAUAGGGUCGUGGUUCAUGAUCCUACUGUUACAGCCUAUGAGGAUAAAUACUCAACUAUGGCAAACGGGAAUGUUACAUUUGAUAUUCAUCAUCCUUGCAGAGCCAACGUUUAUGUUCAAAGGGAGCUUCACAAACCUGAUUCUGAUCGAUCUUGCAUACAUUUGGAGUUUGACAUAUCAAGCACCAGUCUUAUAUAUGAAACUGGAGACCAUGUUGGUGUGUAUGCUGAGAAUUGUGAUGAAACCAUUGAAGAAGCAGGCAACUUAUUGGCUCAGCCCUUGGAUUUUCUGUUUUCACUUCACACCAACAAAGAGGAUGGGACUCCACUGCCAAGCUCAUUACCACCCCCCUUCCCUGGGCCUUGUACCUUGCGCAAUGCACUAGCACGCUAUGCAGAUCUCUUGAAUCCUCCUAGAAAGGCUAGUCUUGUUGCUUUGGCUGCUCAUGCAUCUGAACCUAGUGAAGCAGAAAGACUAAAAUUUUUGGCAUCACCUGAGGGAAAGGAUGAGUAUUCGCAAUGGGUUGUUGGGAGUCAGAGAAGUCUCCUGGAAGUGAUGGCUGAAUUCCCAUCAGCUAAACCUCCCCUUGGUGUUUUUUUCGCUGCAAUAGCUCCUCGUUUACAGCCACGAUAUUAUUCAAUUUCGUCCUCUCCUAGGUUAGCACCUUCUAGAAUUCACGUGACAUGUGCUUUGGUCCAUGGACCGAGUCCCACAGGGAGGAUUCACAGUGGAGUGUGUUCAACAUGGAUGAAGCGUGCAGUUCCUUUAGAGAAAAGCCAUGACUGUAGCUGGGCUCCUAUUUUUGUUAGACCAUCAAAUUUUAAGUUACCAUCAGAUCCGUCAACUCCAAUUGUCAUGGUGGGGCCUGGUACUGGGUUGGCACCUUUCAGGGGAUUUCUGCAGGAAAGACUUGCCUUGAAGGAGGAUGGUGCUCAACUUGGCCCUGCUCUCCUCUUUUUUGGAUGUAGGAACCGUAAAAUGGAUUUCAUUUAUGAAGAUGAGCUCAAUAGCUUUGUAGAACAAGGUGUUCUAUCUGAGCUGAUUGUUGCAUUCUCACGUGAAGGACCAAAUAAGGAAUAUGUUCAGCAUAAGAUGAUGGACAAAGCAACAGAAGUAUGGAAUCUAAUAUCCAGGAAUGGGUAUCUCUAUGUAUGUGGAGAUGCAAAGGGAAUGGCUAGAGAUGUCCACCGGACUCUGCAUUCCAUUGUUCAAGAGCAGGAAAGUACGGAUUCAUCCAAGGCCGAGGCUAUAGUGAAGAAACUCCAGAUGGAAGGACGGUAUCUAAGAGAUGUCUGGUGAUUUAUCAAUAGCUGCCUUCUCCGUGAUGGCAAACCAUGAUGGGGUUUAUCAUAAUAUCUUCAGAGUAAAAUCCAUUUGUUAACCACAAGGACACCUACAAAGUUGUCUAACAGAUGAGGAUUGUGGGAAAAAAUUUUGGUUUCUGGAUAAGAGCAAACAUGUAUGCAUCAAGCAUUUGUAUGCCCUUUUCAGAUGGAAAGAAUGUGUAUGCCAUUAUUUCAAGUUUCAUAUAGGAAAGCGCUAAGAAGUAACAAGGAUUAAACAAAUUUGAGUAUUACAACCAUACCAUUUGGUAGCUGAGGCUAUCAUAUAGCUUAGGAGAUUAUGAUUGCUGGUUCACCUCUGAGAUCUUGUAAGGAUGGUAAUAGUACUGUGACUUUUUAAGUUUAGAAUAAAGAUGAUUGCUUGAAUAGGUUCUGCUGAUU